AUGGGUAAAAAGAAGAAAAGCAAGCCCUUGCGACCUUGGUGUUGGUACUGUGAGAAAGACUUUGAAGAUGAUAAAGUCUUGGUCACUCAUCAAAGGGCAAAACACUUCAAAUGUGAAGUCUGUAACAAGAAAUUGACCACAGCAGGUGGUAUGGCUGUACACGCGCAGCAAGUCCAUAAAGUAGAUAUUCACAAAGUACCCAACGCGUUACCUGGAAGAGAAACUUUGGAAGUGGAGAUUUUCGGUAUGGAAGGAAUUCCAUAUGAUGAUUUAGUAGCGUACGAAGCCAAGAAGACGGCUGGUAAUGCCAACAAACGUGCACGUACGGAUGCUGGAUCAGGCCAAUACGGCGAGUUAACACCAGAGCAAAUUCAAGCUCAACUUGCUCUUCACAAAGCGGGAGCCACCCCAACCGCUGCUGCCUCUAGCGCUUCGCCAGCUACCCCCGCUGCUGCCGCAGUAACAGCAACCGCUACUCCUCCAUCUUAUUAUCCUUCGGCACAACCGUAUCCUCCACCGGUAAGCGUUCCACCUCCAGGUAUGCCAGCACCUUAUCCCGGUCAAUACAAUCCAUACUAUCCAAAUCAAGGAGCAUAUCCACCACCACCAGCAUUCACAUUCCGUCCACCAAUUGGUGCUCCACCUUUUCCGGGAGCGAAUCAUUGGAGACCAGCCCCUAUGCCUGGUCCUUAUGGCGCUGCUCCUCCUCCGUUAUUCCCACCGUCUUUGCAUUCGCCAUCUACGCCUACCUCAGCGUCACCUGUUGCGUACAAUGCAGGAUCACAGGCCUCACCACCUACCGCAGCCGCAGUCCCUACUCCGAACGCUUAUUAUUCAAUUCAAGAUCCAUCUUCGGUUGCAGCCGGUCAACAAACUGCAGCUUUCGAUUACGGAGCGACUCCAGAGGCGGCUGCGGGACAGCAAACUGUUGCUGAAACACCAGUGGCUGCCCCUGCAGCAGAAAGCGGUAAAAAGAAGUCUUCCAAGUCUGUAUUGAUCUACAACAAUAAUGAAGAAUCACCUGAGGAACUACGUGCACAACUGGAAAAGCAUAGACUCAAGGUCUGA